AUGGAAUAGAAAAAAGAUAAGGGCAAACCUUAGAUAAAUAUAAUAGAGGCAGAGUCAAAAGAGGAUGCAAAUCUUAAUAACAAUAAUGUUUAAAAUAACAUCUUGUUCUUCCAGUAAUUAGCGAACAACUAACCAAGGGUAUAUAAAUUUUUUACCUAAAUAAUGUUUCAGGCGAGUGACAACAUUGAUCAAAAGAUAAAGGCAAUCAUUUAGGAGCCUGCUAAGUCAGUCAAUGAACUUCGUAACAUAUUCAGUAAGAAGCCUGUCUAGCCAUGUAAGUAUAAUUAGCUUAUUGAGUCAAUAGAAUCAAAUGUAAAAUUAAGUGCUCUAUAGCAUAAGAAUAAUGAUAUAAUGAGGGAUAGUAUUUCAAGUUAGAAUGCUGAGGAAUCUGGUGCAAAAUAAGUCAAAAAUCUUGUUGAAAUUUAUUAGAACAUGAUAAAUACAAAUCAGUAAAGAACAAAGGAGGAGUAGGAGAUAUGGGAUCGUUUGCAGAAAAACAAGCACCUUAGUAAUGACAAAAGAUCCUUAGAGGAAUAGUUUCAAGAUGCUCUCAGAUAGAGGCAGGAAUCUGAAUUCGUUUAAAGAUCAACCGAGGUACAUAAAUUACAAACUUUGGAAUUCUUACAAAACUCUAUCAGACACAGCUACAAUAAUAAUUUUGGUAGUGGAUAUAUGGGUGAGAGGACUUCAAUAACAUCAGAUGGUAUAUAUAAUGGAGUUAAAAAAGGUAGUAGAAAGCUAAACAUGGAUGAAGUGUUACUGCAUGAGAAAUAGGAGUAAUUUAAAGUCUAAAGAGAGAAAUUUUAAGAAGCAUUUAACUAGAUCUAUGAAGAAUACGAGAUAGAAUGGGUAAAAAAUGAACAAAAAUUGCUGUUUUAGUCUCUGAUACAGGACUUAAUUGAGGAUAGAUUGGACGAAUUAUCUCUUGAGAUUGUCGAAUAAGAAUAGAGUUCUGCAUUACGAAAAGUACUGGAGGAGUGUAUCUAACAGAUCAGCUUUGAGGUUGCACUUCCGUAAGUCUAAGAUGAUUUCAUAGAAAAAUUCCUCUCAAUGGAGGUGAAUUCACUUGCAUUCGGCUGUCUUGAGCAUGAACAAACUCUUCACACAGUAGAUUAAAUAACCGAGGAGAACUUUGAGGCUACACUCAACAGCAUGAUCAAAGAAAUAACUGAAAACAACAUUAGGUUUGAAACCGAGCUUGUCAGAGAUACCGAAGGUAUCAGUGCUCAACUGAUUGAUGCUGAGAUAUCCGGUAUUGUUUCAAAUUCAGUACAAUCAGAUUAACUAUUUAAGCGGUUCCAUAGUAAUAUGAUGCUAUAAACAGUAGCAGAUUUUUUGCAAGAGAUAGCGAUUCAUUCAAUUCAGUAGGAAUAUUUAAAAGAUAAGAUCAUCAAGCAAACUAUUGCAGGCAUGGUUGAUGAUUAAAUUAGAAAUCUAUUAGAAUCCUCGUUUAUGUAACUUCAGGAGGAAAAAUAUCUCUAAGAAAAAAUCCUAGAAGAUAUAUAUGUUGAAAUUAUUUAGCAAUAACUCUAAAAUAUAGCUAGCGCUGCUUUUAUUACUAUAAAGAUCUAGAACAAACUGGAUAACUAGCAGAAACUUAAGUAAUAGGAGGAACUCAAGUAACAAGAGAUUUUAAAUCAAUAAUUAAGCUAGAUUAAAGUGCCAAUUUAAAAAAUAGCCAUAACCCCAUAAAAAAGCGAUGAAGACUUCUUUUAUGAUUAAUAAAACUUGUAAAGUUUACAAAGAAAGUCUUAUAUGUAAAGAGAGUCAGCAAAUUACAUUAUUAGAAAAACUAUUAAUGGAAGCAAAUCACCACUAAGAGGUUCAGAACAUUCAUAAAAUUCGUCAAGUUAAUCAUCUGCCAAUCAAAACAUCAAUAUCUAAUUUUAAUCUCCUUCAACCAGCUUCGAGUAAUAAAAGAAAAUAGAAUUUGGAUUGAUGAAUAGUAAGAGCAAUGGUUAAAUAAUAAGAAAACCUUUAACAGGCUAAAAUAGUAAUAUGAAAUCUCAACAGUAAUUGCCUUAGAUUGAAAGACCUCAGGCAUAACUUGGAGGAUUUUCGAGUCAAAUACCUAGCAAUUCACAGGAGAGUUAAAUGAUGAUGCUGAAGCAGUAGCAGUAAAAAGAGUAGCAAUUCAAUUCAGGAAUGAGUGCUUUGAACUUUGGCAAUCUAAUCUAAAGAAACUAGUAGCGAACUUUAAAUAUGCCUAUUCAAUAGCAAUAAGUAAAUUCCUAAAGAUAUCAGCAAGAAGAUCAACUUGGAAGAUAAAUAUAGUAAUAAAAUCAAUAAUAUAAAAUGCAGAAUUUUGAAACUGAAUUUAGACAAGACACAAAUGAUUUAUCUUAUAGGCAAACAAGUAAUUAUAACAUGUAAAGGCAGAAAUGGAAAUUAAAUGAUAACAACUCAGAGUUUAAUGAUUCUGAAAUCAUGCGAUCUCAUGAUAAAAGCUCCCUUGAGCUAAAACUCUUGCAAGAUAAAGAUAGAAAGUUAAUAGAGUAGGAGAAACUAAAGGAAAGACUGCGAUAGAAAUUAAAAGCAAUGGAUUGGAAUGAUUCAGACAAUGAGGAAUAGAAGUCCACUUAACUUAGGAUUCCUCAGUUGCUAUCGAAAGAAUAGUAGAACAAAAAAACACCUUUCCAGAAGUGA